GCCACCUGGUCACACUUAACACCCCCGCAAAUAAAAAGGAGGAGCAGGAGCAAAAGGACAAAGGAUGACCAAGAUUCCAGGCAGCAAUCUGGAGUUCGUCCGCGAGGAGGACUUCGUGGAGUACUACAUAUUCCCCAAGAUUCCGGACAACCUGCAAGAUGAGGGCAUUCUGCGCAAACUGAUGCUCCAGGUCCGCAAUGAGAUCUCUGCCAUCGUGAAGGAAAAGUCCAUGGAGCGCAGCUAUCUAUGGCACAAGGACGAGUUCCAGCUGCAGAUCCGGAUGGGCGGUGCCGAGGAGCGCAUGCUGAACGAAGAGACCAACCCGGAAGAGGAGGCGGAACUGGGUGACCUCCCGCCCCAUUUCCACGGCGUAACCCACUACGGCGACAACAUCAGCGACGAGUGGUUCAUCGUGUAUCUGCUUACCGAGAUCACACGUGCUCGCGGGGAUUGCAUUGCCCGGGUCAGCGAUUCGGAUGGCGAGUUUCUGCUUAUCGAGGCGGCGGAUGCCCUGCCCGACUGGGCUUCGCCGGAGACCUGCGAGCAGCGUGUCUACCUGGUCGGUGGCUGCCUACAGCUGCUCCAGAACUCGGCCGCCAGCAGCCAGGACAAGCCUUUGACCAUGGCCACUGCUGUACAACGUAUACGAUUGAAUCCCACCCUGUAUCGCUGCUCGCGGGAGAUCCAGUCCUGCAUUGAUUCCAGACUCAAGGAGUACCAGAUCGCCCAACCGCACUUCUCCAUCCACCGGCAGGUGCUGGAACUCCCGCGCAGUGCUGCACAGCUUCUGAAGCAGCAGCCCAGACUCCUCUCCUCGGCCGUGCGGGCUUUAUGCGAUCGGGACUCCCUGGACGUCAAGGCACUGCGCACCAUGCGCUAUUUCCCACCGGAGGCCGCACGCCUGCGCACCAACGUGCGCUUCACCCGCUGUCUGUACGCCAUGUUGUCGCACCAGCAGUAUCUCCCUGAAAAGCGUCUCGGUUGGAAUCUCACAGAUCCUGUGGCCCAUCCGGAGCGUUACAAAGAACAACUGCUGGGCGUGAAGUUGUCCAGCGGACUGGAGAUCUUGGCCACCCAGGCCAAGCGGUUGGAGGGCCAACAGUUGGAGGACAUGCCUGCCUGGCGAUCGUAUCUGCGCAGCCUGCAGGGCAAAGGCUACUUCCGCAACAACAUCGAGGGCAGUGCCGAGUACCAGGAGCUGUUGAACAAGGCCAAGGACUAUUUCCGCGGCAACCAGGCGCGAUUCCGUACUGCUUCGCGGGCGGGAGCAGAGAUCUUGGACCUGUUGCUCCACCCAACUGAGGCCGCUUCCGAGGAACUGCGCGAUGAAGAGCACAACCUUCAGCCCAGCGACUCGGAUGAGUGGCUAAACAUCAGCGCCGAGGACUUGGACUCCAUGCUGCAGGAUCGCUACGGACCCAAGAAGCUCUACAAGCCGAAUGGCCAAAUGAAUGCCGAGGAGUUCACCAAGCAGUUGGCCGAGUUCCUUGAUCGACAGUCCAACUAUGAGGGCAUUGAGCACCGCGGUCUCGAGGAGCCGGAGCUGGAUUCCGACGAUGACGAGCCUCCGCCGCAGGCCAAGACUUCCACGGGUUUGGGGGCAAAGGUGAAGAAGAAUCCCUCCAUGCGGAAGGCCUGCCAGCGCAACUCGCUCAUCCAGCCGGAGGAGCCGGACAGCACACAUGUGCGGAACUUCUUGGACUUUGUCAUCCCCGAGGACAACUGGGAUUCCACAUCGGAGAUGAGCGACUAUGCGGAUGAGGACGACAUGGAAAAGAAUCUGAAUGCCCUCUCUGGUGGCGGCAGUGUUUUCCCCCUUGACCGACAGAUCCAGUCGUACAUGGAGCAAAUGGACCGGGAGCUGGCCCAGACCAGCGUGGGCAAGUCCUUCCACGGCAAGCAGAAGAAGGCUCCUCCCCAGGCGGAUGAGGACGAUUUCGACGACAUUGAGGACUUUGAGCCCAUCAAUAUCAAUGUGAACACGCUGCGCAACAUGAUGGACAGCUAUCAGUCGCAGGUGGGCGGCGCCGGGCCCGUCUCCAAUCUGUUUAGCGCCAUGGGCGUGGGCAUGUCCGCUGGCGAGGAUCAGGAGCCCAAAGAUAUCUCCGAGUCGGCCGUGUAAACUGUUUUACAGGGAUUAGUCUAGUCUUAAGUCCAUCAAAUAAACGUAAAUGUGAAUAAUUGAGUGUAA